AUGGACGCACCAGCAAUAGUACCAACAUCACCACAACAACCAACAAUAGAGUUGAACACAACUACGACAGUGACAACUCAACAAUCAACUUGCCAAACACAUAAUGGAAAGAAGUUAAAGUUCACUUGUGUUACAUGUGACUACAAGUUGAUAUGCUCACAAUGUUUGGCAUCAUUGCAUAAUGGACAUACUAUUGGCGAGCCAAAGCAAAUAUUCACAGAGAGGUUGUCAUUGGUCGAUAAGAGUUUGAAUGAGCGAUGGCAAGUGUUGGUACGCGAGACCAACAAGCAGCGUUCUGCCGACCAGGCCGACACAGACAUCGCCACCUACUUUGCCAGUCUGCAUCAGCUGCUCGACGCUGAGGAGGCCCGCGCUCACAAGGUCAUCGCCGAAGGACGCGAUCACAUUGCCAAGGUGGUGGAUAGCGUCUACAGCGACAUUGACACCAUCUAUGGUGUAAAGUUAAGAAUUGAAGCGACCAUAUCUGGUGCGGCCACAUCAGAUUCAUCAUCGUCGAGUGAUGCUACUGCAGAGCGUUCGUUGAACACUCAACCAGACAUCCACACAUGUAUUGCCAAGUGCCCUACAUUGGAGGCCUUCCUCGAGGCCAAUGCCAAUGGCGCCUUCAACAAGAAUGUAACAUUAGAGACCAUCCCGACUUUGGCCACCAACAACAUGGAGGAUACGACACCCGCCUUUGCCUUUAAGCUGGCAGGCGCCGCCGAUAACAACAACUCGCUCAAGGAUAGCAUCGCCAACUCAUAUACACUCAUUGCCGAUGGCUCGGGCAACCCUCUCUCGAUGUCCUCCUCGCUGUCCACGACGGACUACGCAUCAAAGUUCACCGUCAAGGCUCUGUACGCCUUUGUCGACUACAAGCCUGGCUUCUUCUCACUGCAUUCGCUCGACCUAGAGUCCAACAAGUGGACUCCACAUCAUCCCAUCAGCGAGGUGUUCCACAAGCUGCUGGUCGUAGGCAACGACAUUUUGGCAUUCGAUGGAACACGCGGCCUCUUCAAGUUUGAUCACGUCACCAAGUCAUGGGGCGAGGCUAUCUACUUUGCCAGCAAGGAGCGCUUUGGCUUUGACUCGGCCGUCUGUACUGAUGGCGUCAGAUACGCAUACAUCAUCGGAGGUUCCUACGCCGAGCACAACAUCCUCUGGAAGUACCGCUCGCAGAGCACCAUCGUGCAGUACGACGUGCUCAACAACACAUUCCUCGAGAUGGGUCAGAUCCGCUGGCCCAAGGUCAACGCACAGGCAUUCUUGUUGGACGACUACAUCUACAUUGCAGACGUGACUCCCAACGCGCCACACUUGCUCUCCAUCGUACAGUACAACAUCACAGACGGCUCGUCCAAGCUGGUGUUCACUGGCAAGGUUGACUGCGCACUGCAGUCAAUAUGCUUUGACUACCAUGCACGCAACAUCUACAUCAUGUGCGCCUACUCCUUCUACCGAUGGAACGUCGACACGUACAAGCUCGAGAAGCUAGUGCUGUACUACCCAGCCAAGAGCAUCACCUAUGGCUUCCACCAGCGCAGUCCCAAGAUCUUUGCCUUUGGCUACGAUGCCAAGGUCAACGACUUCAAGUGCUACGACAUUGUCAAGAAUCAAUGGGAGACCUAUGCCCAUCGCGAGUCACUAGACUUUGUUGGCAAGUUUGUUGCCGUGUAUCCAUUCAAUCAAGUAGAGCGUAUUACCGCCGUCGCCGAGCCAACUACCGAUUAA